UCUCAUUUUGAUCCAAACAGGGAACAUCUCUCUCUCUCUCUCUCCACCCACACUCUUCCACCCACUCACAUUCAGGUGUCCGUACCCUCUGUGAGUGCCACGGUCACUACACCAUCCUCUCACAAAAUCACACCACAGAAACAAACUGUAGCAGCAAAAUGUCAAAAAAAACACUGAAUUAGAUCCUUGCUUCCACCUCUUUCAGCUCACAACCCCUUUGACUAGGUUUAAAGGGGUUGUGCUGUUUCGUUCAAAAGUGAAACCUUUCAACUGUUUCUGAACUUGGGUUGUUCUGCAAUGAGGGUUUAGGAUUGAAUUUGUUUCUGUCGGAUUGUGAUUUUCUGUUUUGGGUCAAAUGGGUAGUUCUGGAGAAUCGAAUAUCAAUGGGAUAAAUGCUUCUGUUGGUGGUUUGGUUUGGGUCCGACGCAGAAAUGGGUCGUGGUGGCCUGGUCGGAUAAUGAGUCUUGAUGAAUUGUCUGAGGGUUGUUUGGUUUCUCCUAGAUCGGGUACUCCGGUUAAGCUGUUGGGUCGUGAUGAUGCUAGUGUGGAUUGGUAUAAUCUUGAAAAAUCAAAGCGAGUAAAAGCUUUCCGUUGUGGAGAGUACGAUGAAUGCAUUGAGAAGGCAAAGGCGUCUGCUGCUGGUUUAGGCAGGAAGGCAGUGAAGUAUGCUCGCAGAGAAGAUGCUAUUCUUCACGCUCUUGAGCUAGAGAGUGCUCACUUGGAUAAGGUACGUUUACCGUUAUGCCCCGGAUCAGAUAAAUCUGGUAGUGAACAUGGUGAAUCAGCUGAAGAAUUACCCGUGAUGUCUAAUUCUGGUAAUGGCAACGAGGACGUGAUUGGUGAUUUGAGCGAUUCUGAAGACAAUUCCAAUUCAGCGCCAGAAUUGUCACAAUCUGGUAUAUCUUUUGAAGAACCUAAUCAUAAUGGUUCUUUAAAGAUUCAAUCUAUGCAGGGAAGGAGGAGAAGAACACCUAAUGAUUCAGAAGACGAUGGAACUGAAGGAGUGAAGCGAAUGCGAGGGCUCGAGGACCUUGGCAUUGGCGUUGUGUCAAAGAGAAAGGCUCCUGGUUCAGGUCCAACCGAUAUAGCUCAGCAUGUCAGUGCUUCCCUUAACAAUUCAAUCACAGGGAAUGGCAUGGCCAAUGGAACUUCUGUAAAUGGUGGUAAGGGUUAUUCUUCUCUGAAAAGAAAGAGAUCACAAGUUUCAAAUGUUCACGAAUUCUUAAAAAGAAAAAAUCGGCGCCGGCCUUUGACUAAGGUUUUAGAGAGUACUGCAAUGGUAUCAGUUCCUGUUACUUGUGAACAACUUCCUAGUUCAAGCAAUUCUCCACUAUAUGGGAUAACUAACGGAAAGGUUUCAGGAUUUGAUUCUACCUAUUCAAAGAAAAGUUCUGCAAUGGAAAUUCAUAACUCUGAUAGUGCUGCUGAGGCUGCUUGUGAGAAUGGGACUUCAUUAACUGUUCACGACCAUGGUAGUGGUUUUUCCCAAGUUGAUCUCAAGGAGAAGGAGAAGGAGACUUCUGAAAUACCAGCCCUAGCUGGCAAUGAUUCUUCUGACGUUUUAUUUGAUGUGCCAUUUGUCGGGGCUCUAGAGGAGGAGAAACCCACUUCAGGUUUGUCACCCACACUUGUUUCUUGUUCAUACGGCAUACCUGAAGUUAAUGCAUUGGAGCAGCAAUCUUGUCAAGCUAGUGAAUCUGAAACUUUUCGGUUGAGAAACGGUUGCAAGAAUGAAACUGGUUCUACGAGUUCAGCUGCUGGUCACGAUAUUGUUGGUGAUAGAGCAGACAAAGAUAGUUCAAAGUGGCAGUCUAAAGGAAAGAGGAACUUAAGACAUACAAGACAAAACAGAAAACAAGUCUCUAGAAAUUAUGCGGGCAUGGAUGGCGAAUCCGGCGGUUAUUUAACCGGAACAGGGAACUCAGAAGGAUUCUGUCAGGGUGCCGGUCAGAAACAGAAAGUUGAUUGGAAUGGCACAGGUGUAUCCAAUGCUUCAUACAAUUGUAAUUCUCAAAUCAAGUGCAAGCCUAUUGCUGAAGGUGAAGCAGAAGGGUUUCGGGACUUGAGCAAGCAUAUCAGGGGUACAGCAGCAGAAGCAAAGCAGUUGCCAAAUGGAUCUCUUGCACCUCAGAGAUCACUUCCUUAUCGCCAGUCACGCUUCACUGUUAACUCGGCAUAUGAAAUGUCUGAUUUUCCUGGAAAAAGCUCAACUUCGGAUGGGACAUUAUAUGACGUUAAACUAGAAGUUAAAUCCAGCUACCGGCCGCAACAUGUUCCUUUGGUUUCCCUUGUGAGUAAAGUGAAUAAUAAAGCCUUUAUUGGACACCCUUUGACAGUUGAGGUAUUGCAAGAAGGUCAUUGUGAUAAAAUUUUGAGCGGCAUCGCAGACAUCGGAGGUGACGAGGAAGUUGGUGAUAUCUAUUGUGCGGAGAAGCCAAAACCAGUAACCAGACGUAAACCUUCUAAGAAAUCAUCACGUUUUUCACGUAGGAAAUCUUCAAAGUCAAAAAAAUCCGGGCUGUUGAAUAAAAAAAUAAGGAAGUUAUCUUCAUUGACCGGUCACAAACAGUCAGAAGAAGAGAGAAAACCGGUCGUAGAUAAGCUCAAAGGUCCUGUCAUUGCUUGUAUUCCUCUUACAGUAGUAUUCAGUAGGAUACACGAGGCAUUGAAUGGUCAGGCACGGUCGUCACACCGUGUAGUAUCAACAACGAACCCAUGAAAUAAGUUAUUGGGGAUGGUGCAGGAAAUCGCUCCUUUGGUUUUUUUAUUUUUUAAACUUUAUCCAGAGUUUGCAUUGCAGCAUCACUCACAUUCUGCCAUGAAGGUAUGAGAAUCUUGUGUACAAUUUUCAAGACAUUUUUAUGUAGAAGUUGUAGGAGUUUGAUUCACAUGAAUGAGCCAUUCUGCUGGCUCUGUAAAUAAUGUAACAUUGGAAGAGAGGUGGUUAUUAUUAGGUAUUUAACCUGAUAUUGGGUUUGUUUGGGACAGUAGUUUUAGAUAUUGUACUCUCCAUUCCAAAGGCUAAAACAAAAUUGUAAUUGUGAGUGGGUCACCAUUUCAGUUUUGUAUUGUAUGGAACCUUGUCAUGUCAUAGAUACAUAUACAGAUUGUCAAGAA